AUGGCACACAAAUUGUCACAGGUCUUUUAUGAUCACGUGCAACCUUCACGGGCCAAGAGUUCUCAAGCGGAGAUGCAAUGGAAGGAUUGGAGAAUUGUGAUUGAUGGUGGUGGUGGUGGUGGUGGUGGUGAUGUUAUAGUUUGUGGUGCAUUGAAGAUGCUGAGAACCCAAAUAGAUGAACAUGUAAUUGAGAACCCACGUGGCGUGGACCAUUAUGGACAUUUCAGGUCUCAGUCCACUGCUUUUGAGCUUUGGAGUUGA